UUUAUCAGCGAUGCUGGUUAGUAUUCAAGAAGGCCUCCAGCAAAGGCCCCAAGAGACUGGAGAAAUUUUCUGAUGAACGUGCUGCGUAUUUUAGGUGUUACCAUAAGGUGACAGAACUCAACAAUGUGAAGAACGUAGCUCGAUUGCCCAAGAGCACCAAGAAGCACGCCAUCGGGAUUUAUUUCAAUGACGACACCUCCAAGACCUUUGCUUGUGAAUCAGAUCUCGAGGCUGAUGAGUGGUGCAAGGUGCUCCAGAUGGAAUGCGUGGGGACGCGGAUCAACGACAUCAGCCUCGGGGAGCCCGACCUGCUGGCGACUGGGGUUGAGAGAGAGCAGAGUGAGAGAUUCAAUGUGUAUUUGAUGCCAUCUCCUAACUUAGAUGUACAUGGCGAAUGUGCCUUGCAGAUUACAUAUGAGCACAUCUGCCUUUGGGACGUCCAGAAUCCCAGAGUCAAACUCAUCUCUUGGCCGCUAAGCGCCCUGCGGCGGUACGGGCGAGAUGCUGCCUGGUUCACUUUUGAGGCAGGGAGGAUGUGUGAGACUGGCGAGGGGCUGUUUAUCUUCCAGACGCGAGACGGCGAGGCCAUCUACCAGAAGGUGCACUCUGCCGCGCUGGCCAUCGCCGAGCAGCACGAGCGCCUGCUGCAGAGUGUGAAAAACUCCAUGCUGCAGAUGAAGAUGAGCGAGCGGGCUGCCUCGCUGAGCACCAUGGUGCCCCUGCCCCGCAGCGCCUACUGGCAGCACAUCACCCGGCAGCACAGCACAGGCCAGCUCUACCGCCUGCAGGAUGUCGCCAGUCCUCUGAAGCUUCAUCGGACAGAGACCUUCCCCGCCUACCGCCCCGAGCACUGACAGCGACUGCCCAGCACGUGAGUGACACGCGUGGGAGGCGUCCACACGGAUCCACCGGAGGUCACGGGAUGGCGGCGAGAAGGAUGAAGGAAGCUCCGGGCCCUGCCUGGUCGUGUGGUCACUGGGAAACUGCAAUACGAUCCUUGUCUUUCUUUCCCCUUGGUUCUUUCCUUUUGUAAAAAAAAAAAAAAAAAAGAAAGAAAGAAAUCAAGCCCCCUUAGCAUAAUUGAAACAUGCUCUACAGAUUCCGACUUCUUUUACAGCCGGACAGAAAGGAGUCAACCCACACGUGAUUUUCUAUGGUCGAUCCCUGUCCCCUGCACUUCUCAGUCCUUUUGUGGUCCUUGUGAUUUCCCCUCUGCGUCUCAGUUGUGUCACAGUCGAAACUGACAAUAAAAUGCCCUCCGUUAUUUGUUA